AGCAUAACGCAUUCCCUUUAUGUUCGCAGGCUACGGCUGCGUGCUAGGAAACAUGAGACGGGUGAGUUAUACAGAGUCCGGGGCGCCGAGCGGCGGGCCGCUGAAUAAAGCUGAGAGGCAGCGGCGGUUCGUGUGGUUUCAGCUCAGGAACUUAAAACGUGAACAUGUGAGCAGGGAAUGGGCGACUGGACUCGGGAUUAUACACGACACAGAGACACACAGGGAGGGGAGCUGAGCAGGAGAGACGCGAGGAUACUGUGCGAGCUCCAAUCAACGCCAUCCAAAAGGAGGUUUAUUGUGCAGUGACCACGGGGGAAUAUACCUCGGCGAAGAUGAAUACCAUUGUUUUUAACAAGUUGAGCAGCCAGGUCCUGUUCGAGGAGAAGGCAAAGGAGGCUGAGAUGAGCAGCAGAAACUAUUUAGAAGUCAUGGACGGGCAACAUCCAGACCUUCUUUCCAGUAGCCAAGCCAUGAAAGACAACGCUGCCAGACACAGGAGAGCUGGGGGUCGUCCAAACGGCGGAAAGGUGCGACAUAAACGUCAGGCUCUUCAGGACAUGGCCCGUCCACUGAAGCAGUGGCUAUACAAGCACAGAGACAACCCUUAUCCCACCAAGACGGAGAAGAUACUGCUGGCUCUCGGCUCUCAAAUGACCCUGGUACAGGUGAGGACCUUGCCCUAUGAACCAUCCCUCUCUGCCUUCAAAGCAGUUGUUUUAUUUGCGGCCAACUGUUUUCCCCUACACGUCCCGGACCUCACCAACGUACACGUUGUCUUCCUCUGCGUGGCCAGGUCCAUCGGAGUGGUGGUCGGAGGCACGCAGAAGCCGCGGGCAACGGGCAAAGACGAGCGGUACUGGCGGGAGAUCAACGCCGCCAUGGCGCUCACCAACCUGGCCCAGGUGGACGCCGCCGCCGGCACCACCAGCUGCAUCAUCCAGAAGUCGUCCCACAUAGCCGAGAUCAAGACUGUCAAAGUGCCCAUGGUGCAGAGAAGUACUAGCAUGGGGAGGAGCGUUGGGUACCCCUCGCACACCAGCCACACCACCCAACCACCCACUCCCUCUUGGGGAGGGAAGGACGAUGCAGAAUAAAACAUUCCUCAGAGUUUAACUCGGUACCUAGAAAAGAAGAGAAGGUUUGUGAAGAAAGUGGGGAGGAAGGAGGGACGGAAGGAAGGAAGGACAAGAGAAGGCUUCCUGUGAGUCGAUGUGUGACACGUGUGUUGGAAAGGCUUCAGGUGAGUCAGGCGACCGGGACGAUGAAGACCCCCUCUGCGUUCCUCGCUAGUGGGACGUGUUUAUAUGAGGCGCAACCGGGGCAACGACCUGACCCCUUUUUAUUUGUGUUUUUUUACCCGGUGGGCUUGUGCGUUUUGCGGUUGGACACGAUGGACAAGAAUGACGUCAGUAUUUCCUAAACGAGACACUUUUGUAAUGUUAACUUAUUUUGAUUGCGUACGAUUUUCUUUCCUUGGUUACUUUUUUUUUAUACUAUGAAAGUUGUAUCUCGCCAAAGUGCCUUUUCUUUUUGAAGCAGCAUCAAAGAGCUGAUUCUAAAGGUGCCUCUUUGGAAAAACGGUGAAGGAUAUUUUCUACUUCAAUUUAUCUCAAUAUAAAUAUAUACAGAUGUUAAGAGGCAUGGACAUUAUUCAGGAUUGUUUUUUUUUAUGAAUGAACCCAUGCAAAACGGUUUGUGCCUUAGCGAGUGAAUGAGCUCUGCCUUUUUUUGCGAGAGACCUCAUGAACUCAAAUAGCACUCUGUACACACACACACACACACACACACACACACACACACACACACACACACACACACACACACACACACACA